AUGGCGGAUUUUUUGGUUGAAGUAACAGGAGACCCAGGUGAAGACAUGGGUACACGGUGGAAGCUCCAUGUGGACGGAGCCAACCAGACCUUCGGAGGAGCCGGGAUCAUCCUAGAAAGUCCAAACGGGGUCGUAUACGAACAGUCGGGAAGUCCACGAGGGCUGCUGUGGGCACCACAUCGGAGGAAAAGCCCUAGCAAGGAAGUUGAUCCGAGCUGGGUACUACUGGCCGUCGAUGAUGGCAGAUUCCAAAGAGUUUGUCAAAAAGUGCAUAAAGUGCCAACAGAACGCCAACUUUGCCAAGGCACCGGCAACGAGUUUGAGCUUGCUGACGACCUCCCGGCCAUUCGCUCAGUGGGGAAUCGACCUCUUAGGCCCUUCCCUGUCGGCCCUGGGCAGGUCAAAUAUCUCAUAGUGGCAAUUGAUUACUAUACCAAGUGGAUAGAAGCCGAACCAUUGGCUAGCAUAUCCUCAGCCAAUUGCAGAAAAUUCAUGUGGAGGCAGGUGAUAACACGGUUCGGGAUACCGGAAGUCGUCAUCUCGGACAACGGCACACAAUUUGCUGACAAAAAGUUCACAGAAUUUCUCAACGGCCUAGGUAUAAGGCAAAGGUUCUUCGGUAGAACACCCUCGGACGAACGGACAAGUGGAGUCCCCAACAAGGUUAUCCUUUCGGGGCUAAAGAAGAGAUUGGACAACAAAAAGGGUGCUUGGGCCGACGAGCUGGCAUCGGUCCUCUGGUCUUAUCGGACAACCGAGCAAUCCUCCACCAAGGAAACCCCUUUCCGACUAACGUACGGUGUGGAUGCAGUAAUACCCGUGGAGAUCGGUGAACCGAGCCCGCGAUUGCUUUUGAAAGGAGUAGAGGAAACUGUAGAAAAGGACCUGAUUGAUGAAGCCCGGGAAAUGGCCCAUUUGACGGAAACAGCGCUAAAACAAAGGAUAGCCCUGCGCUACAACACCAAAGUGCUCAAGAGGGACUUCGAGCCUGACGACCUCGUCCUGAGACGGAAUGAUAUCGGCCCACCGACCCCCGGAGAAGGCAAGUUAGCGGCGAACUGGGAAGGCCCUUACAGAGUAAAAAAGGUGAUGGGAAAAGGAGCCUUUAAGUUAGAAAGGCUCGAUGGCAAGGAGGUCCCGAGGACAUGGAAUGCGGACAACCUGAGAAGAUUCUACUCCUAA